AUGGCCUCCUUUGAAAUGGAGGCUCCCCCACACCACCCGAAAACCGCCGACGAAGAUGAGUGGUCCGACUCACCGGUGGAGCAGGUCCGUCUGACAGUCCCCAACGAUGAUGACCCGACCCUACCCGUCUGGACUUUCCGCAUGUGGUUCCUGGGGCUUCUCUCUUGCGUGCUCCUCUCCUUUCUCAACACCUUCUUCAGCUACCGUACGGAGCCACUCUCCAUAACCAUGAUCUCCGUACAGGUGGCCACUCUCCCCAUCGGACGGUUCAUGGCCGCCGUGCUCCCUAAAAGGAAGUUUAAGUUGUUCGGUUUGUGGGAAUUCACGCUGAACCCGGGCCCGUUUAACAUGAAAGAGCACGUGCUUAUCUCGAUUUUCGCAAACGCCGGCUCUGGCACGGCUUAUGCUGUCGGAAUUGUCAACAUCAUCAAGGCGAUUUACCGGAGAAAAAUAUCCUUUGUCGCAAUUGCGUAUUGGGGGCUCAACCUCUACAGUGCAAAGACAUUUCCCAUUUUCUCCUCGCAUUUGUUUAACCGUAACGGUGGGACCUACGACGUGUCGUCUAUCGUGAACGAUAAGUUUGAGAUCGACUUGCCGGCUUACGAGAAGCAGGGUCGGAUAAAUCUGAGCGUGUUUUUCGCGCUCACGUACGGGCUGAAUUUCGCGGCUGUCAUGGCCACAUUAACUCAUGUCGCGUUCUUUAAUGGAAAGGAAAUUUGGGGGCGUUUUCGCGCGUCUUACAAGAGUAAAACGGACAUUCACACGAGGCUGAUGAGGAAAUACGAAGAUAUACCCGGUUGGUGGUUUUACGGGAUGCUUGCAAUAACGUUGGUUGUGUCGCUGGCGCUUUGCAUUUUCAUGAGAAAGGAGGUUCAGCUUCCGUGGUGGGGCCUACUUUUCGCGGCGGCUCUUGCGUUGGCCUUUACGCUCCCCAUAAGCGUUAUUACAGCAACUACCAAUCAGACACCGGGACUUAACGUAAUCACGGAAUACAUAAUGGGAGUGAUAUAUCCCGGGAGGCCGAUUGCCAACGUUUGCUUCAAAACCUACGGAUACAUAAGCAUGAGCCAAGCCAUUGGGUUUCUCAACGAUUUCAAGCUCGGCCAUUACAUGAAGAUCCCACCUAGAUCCAUGUUCAUAGUUCAGCUGGUGGGGACUAUUAUAGCGGGGUCAAUAAACGUUUGCGUAGCAUGGUACCUUUUGACGAGCGUGGCCAACAUCUGCCAAGACCAGCUGCUGCCCGCAAACAGCCCGUGGACCUGCCCGAGUGACCGGGUUUUCUACGAUGCGUCAGUUAUAUGGGGGCUUGUGGGGCCCAAGAGGAUUUUCGGGGUGCUCGGGAAUUACGGAGCCCUCAACUGGUGUUUCCUUAUCGGGGCAUUGGGCCCAGUUGUGGUGUGGGGUUUCCACAAGUUGUUCCCGAGCCAGGGAUGGAUAAAGCUGAUCAACAUACCCGUUUUGCUCGGGGCCACGGCUAUGAUGCCACCGGCCUCGUCGGUCAACUACAACAGCUGGAUAGUUGUGGGGACGAUUUUCAACCUAUUUGUGUACCGAUACAGAAAGGGUUGGUGGCAGAGGUACAACUAUGUUCUGUCGGCAGCGCUUGAUGCGGGGCUGGCUUUCAUGGGGGUAUUGUUGUACUUUAGCUUGGGGAUGGAGGAAAAAGGGGUCUCGUGGUGGGGUUCGGCUGGGGAGCAUUGUGACUUGGCGGCGUGCCCGACUGCAAGGGGAGUGGCGGUUGAUGGCUGUCCGGUUUUCUAG